UUCCUUUUGCUUUCCCUCCGCGAGCAAUUUCGAGGCGGCCAGCCGGCGAGGCAAUGGCGGAAACAAGCACCGGCGACCACGGACUCAGUUCUAGGCCCAGCCCACUUUUGCUAUGGGCUGCAAGCAGUGGUACGGUGGAUGCAUCCAGGGCUUGCAUCGUUGGUGGAUCUACAGAAUUGAGCAGCGGUUCAGGCCCUUGCAUCUCUGAGAGCUCAUGCGGCGGCGCCGGCGCCGCCAGCUUCGAGGGCGGUGGUAAGGGCAGCGAUCCAAAUCUAGUCGGAGAUGAUUCGAGGUGCCAAGGAAGCCUCUCCGCGGGCUCACGCGGUGGCGGCUUCGAGGGUCACGGCCGGGCUGUCGCGGGGUGGCACUUAAGCCUAACUGCGAGUUCAUGCGGCGCCGGCUCCGAGGGUGCUGGCCGAGCAAGCGAGACGGAAGCAGCUGUAGCUGCUCCGGGCUGGCAGCGUAGGGUGCAUCGUGGUAACAUUCCAGAAGGUAGAGACCCGGAUGCUGGAAGGGUUAGUGCAUUGGAGAGUGCAAUGAGGGGAUUUGCGGAUAGGAAUACCGACUUUGUGAUUGAUCCAUCCUUAGGAACUGAAUUUGACUCCUUAUCUGAGGCAUAUGACUUCUACAACCUAUAUUCUUGGGAAAUUGGAUUUGGUAUUAGGUAUGGGCACAGCCGGAAGAAUGUUGCUGGCAGCAAGACAGUGCAGGAAAUAAUAUGCGGUUGUGGGGGUAAACCUCAGAGAAGCAACAACACUUCAGUUUGCUGUGAGUGCCCUGCUCGUAUUGUGCUCCGUAGAACAGAUGAUCAUGGAUGGUACAUCAGUGACCACAAGAGCGGCCACAACCAUCGUUUGUCUGAGACUUGUGCAGAGAAGAGGAACUGGCCUUCACAUAGGAAUAUUGAUAAGUACACAAAAGAUCUGAUUCGACAUUUGAGGGAGAACAAUGUAAACCUGAACAAGGUGUAUUGUGUUAUAGGCAGUUUCUUCGGAGCGCUUGGUAAGGUUCCCUUCAACAAGAGAUCUCUACGCACUCUCUGUGCUAAGAUUAACCAUGAACAUUCUGACGAUGAUGUCCUGAAGACCAUGGAGGUUUUUCGGGAAAUGAGGGCACAUGAUCCAGAAUUUAUCGAUAGUGUUCGCGUCGAUGGUGAUAGUCGAGUGAAGGCAUUGAUGUGGAUUGAUGGUAGGAGCAAGAUGCAAUACAAGCACUUCGGAGAUGUUAUAACCUUUGAUACAACAUACCGGACAAAUCUCUAUGACAUGCCUUUUGGACUGUUUGUUGGGGUAAACAACCACUUCCAAAGCAUAGUACUUGGUGGUGUGUUGCUCCGCGAUGAGACAAUUGAGAGCUUCAAAUGGGUCUUCACUGAAUUUGUAUCUCUAAUGGGUGGGAAGCCUCCCAUGACAAUCCUUACAGAUCAAUGUCGUGCAAUGGAGGUAGCAAUUGAAGAUGUCCUUCCAGACACCACACAUCGCUGGUGCAAGUGGCAUGUUCUUAGGAAGGCAAAGGAACGCCUUGGCCCAGUUUAUUCCAAGAAUAGUGGUUUUAGGGAUGAGUUCCACAAAAUUAUAAACAGCAUGCUAACUACACAUGAGUUUGAGUGUGCUUGGGGUUUUCUGAUUGAAAAAUAUGGUUUGCAAAAUCACCCGUUCUUGACCCAGAUAUAUGAGGUACGCAGACGGUGGGCGAAGCCGUAUUUUAGUGGCAAGUUUUGUGCAAUGCAGACAAGCACUCAACGGAGUGAGAGCGCGAACCAUAUGCUCAAAGGCUAUGUUCCACCUGGCUCAUCAAUGAACAUGUUCGUUCGGCAAUAUGCUAAGCUGCAGUUUGACCGCGAAUCUGAUGAAAGUUUUGAGGAGAAAAGGACUAAAUUGGCGGGGUUUGUGCUACAAGUCGGGGUGCCAAUUGAGCUACAUGCUAGCAAGUUGUACACUGCGGCAAUGUAUGAGCUGUUUCGUAAAAUCAUCUUCGAAUCCGGUGCAUAUGUCGUGGAAGUGGUGGUGCCUAAAUUAAAAUAUAUUGCAAGGCAUGUGCAAAGUGAGAGAAGGGAGCGUUGGUCGAAGGUUUCAUUUGAAGUUAAUGUUAGUGGCGAUGGAGAUGCAUACAACUGCGAGUGUGGGCAAUUUGACCACACGGGCUUGCUUUGUUGUCAUGCUUUACGGGUGAUGAUAAACUUAGGUGUUCAGGAGAUCCCUAAGCAUCAUAUCAUGAAGCGCUGGACGAAGAAUGCUAGAGACAUCUUGCCUGAACACCUUGCGCACUAUCAGAAGGACAGUGGCCCUGCUAGAUCUCAGACUUUUCGUCAUUCGACUCUAUACAUUUCAGCGCUUCAGUUGGUGAAGAUGGGUGAUGCCAAUGUUCAGAGCUACCAUGUUCUGAUGGCAUGCUUUGCAGAUGCUAAGUCAAAGCUUGCAGAGAUAAGUGCUGAGCAGGAUGGUAUGAGCUUGGUUGAGAAGGAGUCUGUUGAAGCGACGGGAUCAAGCAUGACAAUAGUGGAGACGAAUCCAGACUUUGCAGACCCUGCAGUUCGCAAGCGAUUGCAUGAAGGUGUGAAGCCUCCAGAUCGGAAGCGAAAGUUAGGCCGCCCAACUAAUGCGCGUGAGAAGCCAGGAUAUGAAGUCGGGGUUCAACGAUCUAGGUAUUGCACUGGUUGUCAUACAAAAGGGCACACAAUUACAACCUGUCCGAUGCGUAGCCAUUUGCCAAAAAAACCUAGAAGGGAGGCCACUUGCAGCAAUUGUGGUCUCACUGGUCAUAGGAAGACAAAUUGCAAGGUUUCGUUCCAGGAUGCGCUGGCUGGCAUGUGAGAAUUCUUGUGCUGUACUAGGUAUUGUGCUUGGCUUGAGCACACAUCUUAGUAAAUGUUGUCCCUUGUUAAUAGUGGGGAAGAUGCUAGCUUGUAAUUGUACUGCCCGUCUGGAGUUCAAAAUUUGCUUAAGAUUGAUCUGUCUAGCAAAUUUGUAUCCUUAUCUUCUCUUCAAUGUUACUGAUCACAUGGUAGCUUUUAA